UGUUGUGACAUUUUGAUUUUUGCUAUUCUGUUGUGAAAAACGAUGAAUGUAAUGCUCUUCAACCUUGACUUGUUUGAAAUAAGUGAUGAUUAAACACUACACAUCGUCGAAAUAUGAUAAACAAUAUUAAAAACUUAAAAGGAUUGUGAACUUGUUCAUUAUGGGUUGAAAUAAUAUUUGUCGGCUGCUAUAGUUCUACGUUGAAUUUAUAACUGGUAUUUUAUGUUACAUGUGAUAGAUUACUAAGUACAAUACUUUAGCGACAUGGAAUUAGACGUAUCGCCUUUGAAUCAGGCUGAGAACAGCAUGGAUUAUUCCGAUAAUUCUUCUGAAAGUAAAUAUUUGACUUGCAAUAAUAACGAACAAUUUUCUGUCAUUCGAAUACCGCAAGAUGGUGAGAAAUCCAGUAAACAUUCCUCAAGAAAACAAUCAAAAAGGAGAAAAAAGAGCUCUAAUCAUUCUCGACCCCUUCCCAGGAUAAUAGUUAAGCCUCUGCCUCCACCUCCACCGCCAGAAAGUCGCGAAUGGACAGCGGCGACAUCGUACACUGACACAAAUACUAAUUCUAAUAGACCGUCUACUAUGCGCGAAGUUUUAGCGAGCAUACCCGGUUUUUGCAUUAAGCCAAGGAAAAGAAGUGGAAAGAAGUUGUCAACUGCUGCACAAUUACAGCAAACUAGGGAAGGCUGUAUUGACUUAGAAACACCUGACUCUAUAUUAGUAAACACUAAUAUAAGGGCAUUAUUAAAUAAGCACACAUUCUCUCUUUUACCACCAUUAUACCAAUAUAAGCUAGGUCAAUUGCUGCCAAGUGUUGAUAGACCAAGUACUUCAGGAAGAUUAAGUUCAUCUAGUCUAAAUAAUGAGUUCUUUGCAAGAGCUUGCUUGGAAUGGCAAGACUGCCUAUCGGGUGGAGAGUUUACACCAGAAAAUCAACAGAAAAUGAAAACUGAAGCUGAAAAAGAGAAAAGCAAGAUUGAUCCAUGGAAAUUAAAACAUUUUGAACCAUUUUGGGGAGAAAAAUCUCGAAAAGAAAAAUCUUCAAUAAAUCUCAAUUCAGAAAGACCAUCUUUGAAAACAACCAUAAAACUACGACCUACAGCUUCAAUAACUAGUAGCAGUACUGUACCAAAAAUUAAGAAAAGUAAAUCAUCAAGUACCAGUAAAAAAAUGAGGUCUGUAGGUGCAGUGACAAGGUCCUCUGCAAAAGUGGAAGAUACAGUUGAUGAAGCAGUCAUUGUUGGGUCAAAAUCUACAGUACCAGUACCAGACCUACUCCCUCUUAAACAUUUGAAAAAUAAUAACCAAGGAUAUGUUGACUGUCAAUUAGAUUUCACUUUCUCAGAUUCAUCUUCUGCUCCUAGAAUAGAAGAUUCAACGCCCGUGGAUCCUUUGUUACUAACUGAAGAAUCUGAACGCAAUGAACUAAAGCAAGAAUUGGACAUAAGUGUGGUUACUAUAGAGGAAUCUAGCAUUUCUAAAGAUUGUGAAGAAGAUAAAGCAACUGAUUCAGAUACUAUCUAUGCUGAACCUACUAAAAGAUUGAGUAGCGACAAUGGUGAUUACAGGUUCAGUAAAAGAAUUAGGUAUGAAGAUGAUUAUGCUACUGAUAAUUCCAAUUUCCUGACACGGGAUGCAGAACAGCCAAGUAGCAACUGCUCAGACAGUGAAACAAUUGAUGCAAAUGAACCAACAUGUCAUGACAAUGUUGAUACUAACAGUGAAGAUAGUAAGGCUACAACUUCUGCUUAUGAAUAUGACGAAAGAAGUAUUUCAUCCAUGUCCAGUUUGAAAAUAGGAAGUCACAUAAAUAAUGUUUCAAUUGUAAAUGAGUCUAAUCAAAAUGAAAACGAAUGUGAAAGUACUAUAGAAGAUGUAGAACGCACAUCUGCUAGUAUAAACGGAAACAAGGAUAAGAAUACAGAUGAAAAUCAGGAUGAAAUUGCAACUGAAUCUUACCAGGAAAUUGAUAAAGAAGACUUUAAUACACAAAAAGAAUCUCCAUGCAAUAAUGUGCCUAUUAACAGUAUUGAAGAGCCUCAACAAAAUAUAGAAUCUGUUAAAGAUAUGGAAUGUCAGAGUGCAGCAACUAACAACGAUGAACAAAAUAAAGUGAACGAUGAAAUUAAACAUGAAGAUAAAAAUAGAUCUGAUGAGAAUAUAACAUCAUAUUAUGAUGAGCACUUCAAAGAUGCAGAAUCAUUUAUAAUGGAGACAGGAGGCCUUUCCAUUUUAACUCCACAAAAUGAGGAAAACAAGUAUACUCCACAUCCUAAUUUAAUGGAACUGUCUUCAUACAUGAAUGAAACAAAUGUAACAGCUGUUGUAACUAUGCCAAUGAAUCAAAAUCCAUCAAUACCAAUGAUGGAAGUGACAAAUUCUACUAUGGUAUCAUACCCUGAUGACAACAUGCAGGAUCCUGCAAAACCAAAAAACUCAGCUGUGUCAUGGAAAAAUGAAAAUGAUUGGACUAAUACUGAAAAUAUUAUGACACUGCACAAUUUUUCUUGUGUUAACAAUGAAAAUUCAAAAUACGUUAGUGAAGAUUCAAAAGCAAGUAUGGAAGAUAUGAAUAUGAAUGAUGAAAAUUCUAUGUACAAAGAAGAAAGAGAUGCAAAUUUUAACAUGGAGUCAUCAAACUCAUCAGAAAGUUGUCACUCCAUGAAGGAUUUAAAGCAAGAAACUGAGCCUGCUAAUAGCAUUGUUUCCAGUUCAACUGUAUGUAAUCCAACCAUUAAUUCUACUACGGUUACACAAAGUGUUAGAACUACUGGGAAAAAAUCUAAAUCCGGAAAAGAAUCCAACAGAAGCCGCAGUUCUAACAAGGUGCCUCCGGGCGCAGUGAACUUGGAGCGCAGCUACCAGAUCUGUCAGGCGGUGAUACAGAACAGCCCUAACCGAGAUGCCCUACGUGGCCAGCUGCGGCCGCCGCCGGCCCUGCUCAGCCGGCAGCCGCGUGCGCCGCGCCCGCCUCCCCCGCCUGUCAUGGUGCGACAGCUGCCGCCCCCCAUCGUACCACAUACUGAGGUGAAUGAAAAUCGCUCAAAUAACAUGGGGCAAUAUAUCCUAGUACAAAGAACCCCUAACGUGAUACCUAGAGCGUCCAGUGCGCCGCCGUCAAAUUUAAACACGAAUGUUAAUGUAGCGAGAUGUCGCAGUGUCGGCGCUGAGGAUGCUUGUGUGUGCAACUUGCGAGCCAUGAUACUGUGCAAGAAGUGUGGCGCUUUCUGCCACGACGACUGCAUUGGCUCCGCUGAGCUAUGCCUCACGUGUCUCAUACGCUGACCCAUACACAAUGCUCGAACUGACUACUAUUCUAUACUACUCUACUAAAUCUUCUGUAUAGUGGAAGACUGCUUCAUGCUGUUAAGUGUAAACUGUGCAAAGUGUAUCAAUAUAUUACGUCAUAUGUGAAUGUGAACAGUGUUACAAAAACAAAAGUAUGAAUGGACCGCGACAUUUUUGGAAGAACGAAUCACGAACUAAGGAUGGUGGUGCUAUCUGUUUCCAAGUAAUUUUAUAAGUACUUCUGUCUUUAAGUUUUAAAUUAUCUGCUCAAAUCGGUCUUGGACAAUGAUUCUAUUAAAACUUCUUAAUAAAGCUUAUUUAAAUUGCAUUAAUGUAUAUAGUAGUAUGUAAAGAAAAAACUGUCAGUCAUUUCUAUAGAAAUAUAGCACAACACAAAGGUUACUAGUGUAGCGAAUGAUAUAUAACGAAUACAUAGUCGACUAUAGAUUAUAUAUUUACACAGAAUAAUAAUUUUUGUCUUUAUAA